UAUUCCCCUCUCCACCAAAAGUGACAGCGCAUUGCGGAAAGCGGAGUCGAGUGUGCAUGUUACACGGUUAAACAUGUUAAAAAGUUUUUCUGAAAUUUUAGUUUUAUGUUACAUUCGGUGCCCAAAUCAUUCUAUAAGAACUGAUAUAUUGAACUUAUCCCCGUCUUGAUCAAGUGACAUAAGUAGUAAAAAAUUUAGUGAAUACAAUAGUUUUUGGUUUAUUUGCUGCAAGUCGCAUUCACAAAAAUCACCAUGCCUAAAGGAAAGAAAAAAGGAAAAUACGAUCACAGAAGAACAGAGCAGCCUUACUCAUCAGACGAAGAUGCUGGCAUUGACAUGACCAUAGACAACUGUUCAGAAACAUCCGGCCAAUCAGACCUCAAGAGCAAUCAUGAUGAUGCAGAAAACGAAAUCCAAGAGAAGUUGGAAGAGAAAGUGUUGGAGAUCAUUGACGCGUUGAGCGCUCGAGCGAACGCGGCACGCGCCGCCGCACUCGUGGCGCUGCGCGGCGCCCUGCAGCGGCGCUACCUGGCGGCGCUGCUGGCCAACCACAGGGCCACGCUGGCCGACCACGUCACCAGGUCUCUGCGGAGAGGCAAGGAUGGGGAGAAGCGCGCUGCUGCCGGAAUUGCGCCUUUAUUGGCUCUGCAGAUCGGAGAGGAGGGCGCGGAGGAGUUCCUGACUGAGGUGCGGCCGGCGCUGGCGGCCGCGGCGGUCGACAAGUCUGCUUCGCUCGACACGCGCACUGAGUGCUGUUCGUCGCUGGCGGCGCUGUGUUACCUGCUGGAGGAGGACCUCUCGGAGGUCAUCGACAUCAUGCGCAUGUACGAGACCAUCUUCAGCGGCAGCUAUUUGAAGGGCGACGGCAGCGUGAAGGUGUCCGGCGCAGUGAUCGAGGAAGGGAACUGGCACGCGGCCGCGCUGGACGGCUGGGCGCUGCUGCUGACGCUGCUGCCGGCGCAGCACGCCCGCAGCCUCGUCCACUCUCAGCCUCCCAGCUUCCACAGGCUGGGGGAACUGCUGGAUGCUGCCAGCUUGGAGGUCCGCAUGGCGGCGGGCGGGGCGCUGGCGGUAGCGCACGAGUGGGUGUGUGGCGGGGACGAGGCGGACGGGAGGGAGGAGGAGGCGCCGCACGUGGCGGCGGUGUGGCCGCGGCUGGAGCGCCUCGCGCGGGACUCACACAAGUUCCGCGCCAAGCGCGACCGCAAGCUGCAGCGGGCCACCUUCCGCGACAUACUCAAGUAUUUCGAGGAGGACGAGGUGCCGUCGGUGCGCAUCCGCGUGGGCGCGGAGAGUAUCGCGCUGGAGACGUGGCGUGCGCACGCGGCGUACGCGGCGCUGGCGGCGACGCUGGGCGGCGGCGGGCUCACCGCGGCCGCGCAGCACUCGGCCGCGCUGCGCGCUGCGCUGGGGCUCGCGCCCGACCUGCCCGCGCAGCUGCGGCUGCCGCCCGUCAAGCUCAACAAGCUGCAGCGGCAUCUCCAGAACAACGCGGCGUGCAAAGCGCGCACCGUAGCGCGCGCCAAGAACAGGGACAAGCGCUCGGCCGCGCUCGCCGUCUGAGCGAGUGAGCGGGUGAGUGAGCGAGUGAGUGAGUGAGUGAGCGGGUGAGCGAGUGAGCGGGUGAGCGCCAGCGACCGCUGCGACUCACAAACAUACGUUUACUUUCAUCUUUUAUUACAUUUCAUUUGAGCUCGACAAAACAAAAAAAUAAUCUAAAAAGAAAAAUAUUCCCUUAAUUUUCAUCGCUAUUUGGUUGGUUAAUCUAAAUAAUAAAAUUUUAGUCGGAUUUUUACAAUUGCAACACGGGUUCGUUUGUAUUCGUUGUUCUCUGCAAUUAAAUUGAACCGAUUGUAAUUUUAUCCUGUUAUCAUUCUCCAAAAACGUUUACAUUGAUAUUUUAGCAUUUGUUUUAGUCAAUUUAUCAAUUAUUUUGUAUUGUCGUGUUUCGUCGUUCAAUCAGGAAAACGUAAUUUAAGCUAGGAGCCAUCGUACACUAAACGCUAGAUUAAUUAGAAAUUAUUUAUUAUUAUAAUGACAUUGAAUGAAUAACAAUUAUUCGCCUACACAUUCGCUACAGGUAAGCCUUCUUAUUUUAAACAUUCAACUAUAUUAUUUAUAUUUGAAACUUAUUCAAUUUUGAAACUUUUUUCUUGCGAUUGUGAAUCUUUUAAAUCGAAAUAAAUUGCCUUGCCUCCUUCAGGAUCUAAUUUGUAAUUUAUUUAUUUCUAAUUCUCACUCAUUCAGUGUAUUAAUAUACACACAAACAGACACCAAUAUUAUAAGUAAUAGUAAUAAUAGUUGAUAUAAAUAAAUUAGCGUGUGUACUGUGCGUUGGCUCACACUGUUCAGAAUAGGUUCCAACUAAAAAAAAAAUAUCUGCUCGUUACGUAACAUCGAGCGUAGUUCGCUAGCAGUAGAUGUAGACUAGACAACCAAAGAAAAUUCCGAAUCGGUAAAAGAGAAAAUGUUGGAACCGCCAUGCUUUUCAUGUCUAUAUGCACUCUAUUUUUUGAAAUUUUAUCAUUUCAAAUCGUCUUGCGACUUGCAUUAUCUAACACAACUGUAACUUGUCUAAUAUAAAUUCAAAUUUAAGGUGCAGUUCUACCAAACGAGGGCCACGCAUUCAGAAUGCAGAAGGUCAGCCAGAAUGCAGAAGAGAGCAUUCGCUCGUUCAGUAUAAAUGCACCUUUACACGAGCAUAUUUAUGUUUUCCCACAUUUUGUAAGCGCUUACUCCAUACCUUGAUUUGGGCCCGACGUAACUGCUGCAAGGCUGCUUUAUUACGCGAUUACUGCCAUUUUAAAUGAUCUAUUGUUUUUAUUAGUGAAAUAUUUUAAGAUAAUUAUUAUACCUAUGUUAUACAUUAUUGAUAUUUUUAUAUCGAUGGUUGUUGGUGUUUUGAUGUAUUAUGCUUAAUUUUAGCCCAAUUUCUUUGUGCACUCUGCUACGGAUCAAGACGUGCAAGUCUCGCCUGAUGUGUGGCCGACUGUAGACUAAGUUAUUAGUUUAUUUGCUUGUGAUUCAAAUUAAUCAAGUUGUGGAGUAAGAAAUUCUAUUUUAAUGGUUGAUGUAAUAAUACCGUGACUUGUGCUGUGAAGAUUCGAUGUAUAUAUUAACAUCUGGCCACGCGUGGCUCGACAGUGCGAUUCAUAUUUUAGUAAUUGUAUAAAACUUGUCUGUAAAUAUUAUUUUAAUUGGUUAUUCGUCGUUGCAGCCGCCUAUAAUUGUACAUUAAUUAGGCUAUGAAAUGUUGAAAUAAUAUUUAUGAUGAGAA